AUGUGGGCGACAAUCGCUCCAAAAAUUACUGUCUUUACUCUGCAGUUGGUUGAUGAACAAUACUUGAAGGCCGCCGACCGAUGGGACAAUUCCUCUGCUGACUGGAUACGAAUAAAGAUGGGCGGUGACAAGUGGCGAUCUACGGUCCCAACCUCCGACAGGUGGUUCGACUACGACUCCAGGGUAGAUGGUGGCCUCGGAAACAAGGACGUCAGUCUCUGCGACAAAAAAGGCCGGCAAAGCUUCAACACAUUUAGCUCUUCAUUUUCAUUUGCUGGGGAGCCCGCAUUUCCCAAUGCUGCUAUGCACAAUAGACUGCCUGAGUUUGAACGUUCUCGUCAACAUGCGGCUGUCAAGAAAGAGAGGGAAAAGUAA